CAAGUGAUAAUGAAAAUGAUCAAAUAUUUAUCAUUAAUUAUAUGUUUGAAAGAGCAGAAAAAGAUUUUAAACAAAAGAAAAGUAUUGAUUAUAUUGAUAUGUGGAAUCAAAUAAAUUAUAAUUCUCAAUUAUUAAAGUUAGAUGCUAAAAAAGAAUUUGAUUCAUUAUAUAAUAAAUUAAAAUUAUCUAUUCAGUCAAUGACCGAAUAG